CCCAAUUAGGCUAAACAGUACCCAUGAAUCUAUUGUAGUUCUAAGCCCAAAUUUAGUUUUUGCAGUGCUCCAAUUCUCUCUCCCAGGCUUCACGCCGGUGAGUCAAUGACAACAGCAGUUCUCUGCAACGCUGUAUUUCCAACGUUUCAAACUGUGAGACCCUAUUGACAUUUAAAUCUCUCUCUCUCUCUCUACAAUGGUUCUAUUUCUAGGAGCAGUUCGUCCUGCACCGUCUUCCUUAUUCUAUUUUGCCCAUUCAAGGCUCCAAUUCUCUCUCUACAACUCUUCAAUCUCGGUUUCCAGAUAUGGGUCUCAUUCAGUCAGGCGUAUUCUUCAGGCUUGUCUUCAAUCCAAUACUACAAGUGCGCAAAUUGGGAUACAAGAACCCAGCAAACAAUCUGAAAUCAUAUUUUUGGGAACAGGAACUAGUGAAGGAAUCCCACGUGUGAGCUGCCUCACUAAUCCUAUAAAGCCAUGUCCGGUGUGCUCAAAAGCUGCGGUACCGGGCAAUAAGAAUAAGAGACUUAAUACAAGCAUCCUUAUUCGUUGUCCUGGGUCCUCUGGAAUGUCUAACAUUCUUAUAGAUGCUGGCAAGUUCUUCUACCAUAGUGCUUUAAGAUGGUUCCCUACUUAUGGGAUAAGAAAAAUGGAUGCGGUUAUUAUUACUCAUUCUCAUGCUGAUGCAAUUGGAGGUCUAGAUGAUCUUCGUGACUGGACAAACAAUGUCCAGUCCCAUAUUCCAAUUUAUGUAGCAAGGCGCGAUUUUGAGGUGAUGACGAAGACUCAUUAUUAUUUAGUAGAUACAAGUGUUAUUAUACCUGGAGCUGCUGUCUCGGAGUUGCAAUUUAACAUCAUAAAUGAAGAGCCAUUUGUUGUGCAAGAUCUACAGUUUACUCCUUUACCGGUAUGGCAUGGUCAGAAUUACCGUUCCUUAGGGUUUCGUUUCGGUAAUGUUUGUUACAUAAGUGAUGUAAGUGAAAUACCUGAAGAAACUUAUCCACUUCUGAAGGAUUGUGAAAUCCUUAUCAUGGAUGCCCUCAGGCCAGAUCGUUCUUCUUCAACACAUUUUGGACUACCAAAGGCAUUGGAGGAAGUCCGAAAAAUAAAACCAAAAAGAACACUUUUCACCGGUAUGAUGCAUCUGAUGGACCAUGAAAAAGUAAACGCGGAUCUCGCGAAGUUGAUGGAGACUGAAGGUCUUGAUAUACAACUGAGCUACGAUGGGCUUCGUGUGCCAGUAACUCUAUAACCUUUACAUCUAUGUAUUUCCGUUCAACCAUUCUUUCUCAAUGAAAAUAAUUGUAUUAUAAAUUGGGAAAAUUUUAUAAGCCAUGGUCUCUGCUAAAAGGCCUUGAAAAGAAAGUUAAAACAGGUGGUAAGGUUAAUUUCUGAGCUGUUUAUCUGGUCUCUCAUGUUAGGGAGACUAUUUUCUCUCCAUUAUAAUCGAGACUUUCUUAGGUCCAGAUAUUAGCUUCUUAGUCAUAUUUUCGUUUUCCUCUGUUUUCUUGAAACUGCUUCAAUGGUGAUCAACUUGUAGUUAAACUUUUGUGAUGAAUGUUAAAGUUUUUUUAAAAAACAAAAUAGAUUUCUAUUGUUUGGUUUUUUUAUUAAA